CACCACGAAUAUCAAUCUCACUCGGCGGCGUCUUGGAAUCAAGCUCGAGGCCCCCUCUGCAGGAAGAGGCUAUUGAAGCCUUUGCCGUUUGCGACACCGCACCGUUGUGCCAGAUCUUUAGCUAGAAGCAGCCACGAACCGACAGAGACGCUAGAUCACCAUUCUGUAUACGCCACCGUUCUUACCACUGGAGCUACUAUGGCGGAUACGGGGGUGACAUUGGAGACCUUGAACGGACAGAAACGAGGUUGGCACAUCCUGACUAUUGAUUGCAUUGCAUGA